AGGGGUCCAGAGGCCUGCCCGCCGGCUGAGGCCAAGAAUGGUGCUAGAAGGAAACCCUGAAGUGGGGUCUCCCCGAACCUCAGAUCUCCGGCAUCCAGGGAGCCAGGGCUCUUGUGUCCUCUCUUCUGGUGAAGAUGCACAGCCAGGCGAGGAGCCCAUCAAGUAUGGCGAACUCAUAGUCCUGGGAUGCUGUGAGGAAGGAGGUGAGGAAACCGAGGCUCAGAGAGGGGAAGUGACUGGUCCAAGGGCACACAGCUGCUACAAUGGGUGUCUGGCAAGUGGGGACAAGGGUCGCCGGAGAAGCCGCCUGGCGCUGAGCCGCCGGCCCCAUGCCAACGGCGUGAAGCCCGACGUCAUGCACCACAUCUCCACACCGCUUGUAUCCAAGGCACUGAGUAACCGCGGCCAGCACAGCAUCUCGUACACGCUGUCCCGGAGCCACUCGGUCAUCGUCGAGUACACACAUGACAGCGACACGGACAUGUUCCAGAUCGGCCGCUCCACGGAGAACAUGAUCGACUUUGUGGUAACAGACACAUCCCCCGGAGGAGGGGCUGCUGAGGGCCCCUCAGCCCAGAGCACCAUCUCCCGCUAUGCCUGCCGCAUCCUCUGUGACCGCCGGCCACCCUAUACUGCCCGCAUCUACGCCGCUGGUUUCGAUGCCUCCAGCAACAUCUUCCUUGGAGAGCGGGCGGCCAAGUGGCGGACCCCUGACGGCCUGAUGGAUGGCUUAACCACCAAUGGUGUCCUGGUGAUGCACCCAGCGGGCGGCUUCUCUGAGGACUCGGCCCCGGGUGUCUGGAGGGAGAUAUCAGUCUGUGGGAAUGUGUACUCUCUGAGGGACAGCCGCUCUGCACAGCAGCGAGGGAAGCUGGUGGAAAACGAGUCCAAUGUGCUGCAGGACGGCUCCCUCAUUGACCUGUGUGGGGCCACUCUGCUGUGGCGCACACCAGCAGGGCUGCUGAGGGCACCCACACUGAAGCAGCUGGAGGCCCAGCGGCAGGAGGCGAACGCGGCCCGGCCCCAGUGCCCUGUGGGCCUCAGCACCCUGGCCUUCCCCAGUCCGGCCCGGGGCCGCACGGCACCCGACAAGCAGCAACCCUGGGUCUACGUCCGGUGUGGCCACGUCCACGGCUACCACGGCUGGGGCUGCAGGAGAGAGCGGGGCCCCCAGGAGCGAGAGUGUCCUCUCUGUCGCCUCGUGGGGCCCUAUGUCCCCCUGUGGCUUGGCCAGGAGGCCGGCCUCUGUCUGGACCCUGGGCCACCCAGCCAUGCCUUUGCACCCUGCGGCCACGUCUGUUCCGAGAAGACUGCCCGCUACUGGGCCCAGACACCACUGCCCCAUGGCACCCACGCUUUCCACGCUGCCUGCCCCUUUUGUGGCGCCUGGCUUACCGGCGAGCAUGGCUGCGUCCGCCUCAUUUUCCAGGGACCGCUGGACUAGGCUUCCCCAGGCCCCGGCUGCCAUGCCCACCUGCCCACCUAGGUCCCCCACCUCCUGCAGCCCAGAGGGAGCUCUGCAUGUGGGACUCUACCCGCUGGUGCAUAGCCACACCAGAUGGACGUGUUGGAUGGGCUGUGCUCCUCCCCUCUUAACUCUGGUCCCUGAAACCCCUACCCCAGUCAGAAUGACGGGGCCCUCAGCACCAGCUCUGUCCUGGGCUGAUGGAGGGAAGCCCACCCCUAUGCCCUGGCCCUUCCUGGGGUGUCCCACGUCAUGCCGCCUACACUGUGUCCCUGGGGGAGUGAAGGGGCCAUGGGUCCCUGACCCCCAGCUUAGGCUGGCUGUGCCCUGAGCCUGCCGACCCAGCUCCAGAUAUUCACCCUGCUGCUGCCCUGGGUUCCUCUAUAAACCUCGCUGCUCAGCUGCCCUCACAAAUCCCACGUGUCCAGCAUGCGUGCAAUGCUGCCAGCCCCCGCAUGAGUGACGGGUGGGCAGCAGGCUGGGGCCGGCAUCUGCUGAUACCCACUAUGGGCUGGACUCCGUGCCAAGUGGGCUCUGGAAACACAGAGACGAUCAGACUUGGUUCCCUGCCCGGUGGAAUUCACAGUCUAGCGGACGACAGACCAAAUUGCCGGACGACAACACAGUUUCCUGCGUACCAGCAGCAGAGAGUCAUCAAGGGCUGUGGAGCAGGUCUCCCAAGCGGGCGGGAGAGUGAGGGGGGCUCGCGUGGGAACUCCCCACCGAAGGGGAUGGCGCUCUGGGCAGGGGGGAGGCUGAGCACGGGCUCAGGUGUGAGGAAGGAGGGACCUGAGUGAGGGGUUGAGCGGCUGGAGCAGAGGCACUAGUGGGGGCAGAAAGAAGGCUGGAGCAAGACGUUACGGGCUGCGCUGACGCUGGAUGGAGGCUUUGGAACCUCGCUUGUGGACAGUCAGGAGCGGAGGGAGGAGAGAGGACUCGCGCUCCCAGAGUGCUGGCUGUGACGGAAGGGCUACUAUUACCAAGUGCCCACCAUGCCCUGCGCGGUGCCACUUCUGCUCAUAACUAUGUUAAUGGAGCAUGAACCAGGAGGCUUUGCUGUUUAAUCCUCACAGUAACCCCGGGGAGGGGGAGGUGUUACCAUUUCUGUUUACGGGGAGAUUAAGGCACAUGCGCCAAGUCACACAGCUAGAAAGUGGCCAAGCCGGGAUUCAAACCCGUGACUGCCUGCCUGGCCUCAGCCUGACCUCCUCCAUCACACCGUGCUGCUUUCCUUGGACGGGGGUGGGAGAAUGGGGAGGGCAGCUCAGGUCACCGGAACUGCAUGUGCAAACAUGUGGCAGGGACCAUGCUUGACCGACCAAGGGGCCAGGUCUGGAGCAGCAGAAAAGAGACAUGGGGGGUGAGGACAUUGGGCUGAGGCCUGAUGGCCCCCGGUUGCCAUGGAGACCAAGUCCGAACUGGACCCUUACUCAUCUUGGCUAAGUGGCACCUCUCUCUGAGAGCCAAGGCAGGCUCAGUGUGCUGCUGGGGUUGCUUUCAGACCAUUCCUGGGGGGAGCAAGCUAGGGAGACCAGCAGAUGGAGGUUCUGGAGUAUAAAAAAUUUCUGAAAAUGAGGCUUCUAAGUACAGGCCUGACCUGGGCAUCAUCCCCAGUUGAAGACAGCCGCUAGAGCCUUAGGGAGUAUAGAUUCCAAGGGGAGGGCCUGCUGCAGGUCACACAGGUGGUAGGGGCCACAGAGACCAGACCCAGGGCUCUCGAUAGGACAGAGGGCUCCUGUGGGUGGUGAAAAGGGGAUGUGAUGAGAUUCCUGCUCCCGGAGCAUCACAUGCCACAGUGGGGGAGCCAAGAUGGGGCUGCCUGAUCAGGCAGAUGUGAGAAUACACACACACGCACAUACCACUGGGAAUCCAGUUCUCUCUUCUGACCCUGUUGGGAGCCAGGUAGGGGAUGUUCCGCUUCUGUUUCCAGCAAGGAGAGGAAGGAGGAGAGACAAGCAAAGAGCAUGGUACCACCCCAGGGAGAACUUGGAGGUAGUGAUGGAGGGUAAGACAGCCCUGAUCUUGGCCCACCUCUGCCCCUUUCCAGCUCUUGGAGCCUCAGUCUCCUCACCUGUUAAAUGGAAUAGCAAUUUUUAUAUCACCAGAUGGCUGUGAAUGUACUGAGAGCCCUGUAAUACAGUAGGUAUUUAAUGUUACUUCCUCACCUUCCCUUCCUGCAUUUCCAUAGGGAAGAACCAAGGCUAGGGAUGGUCGUGACUCCAGUGAGUAGACUUCGUAUGAUUAUAUGCGUGUGUGCGCUGGGGCCAGUGGAGGGGACAGUGUGGUGGAAGUUCUCAGGAAGGCUAGAUCCCGGUUCAGGGACACCUGAGGAUAGCCUGGGUGUCCUAGGGAAGUCAAUGAACCUAUUAGCCUCAGUUUCCCCAUCUCCUACAAUGGGUAAAGUGAUGAUAUCCUAUCAGGGUUGUUACAAGAAUGAAAUAUCCUCCAUGUCAAGCUGUUAACACAGGACCUCGUGUAUUAACUGUGAACAUAAAAACGCUGCUUGUUUGAGAA